AUGGCAUUUUGUUUGCGGAUUCGCAUUUUUACAGCUUUUGUCUCCUUUAUUAAGGUUUAUGCUCAAGUGGCGCAAGCUCAGAAGCAUCCAGGCCUGGAGGUGUUGGACACGGCCUCGCAUUACUGGCCGCUGGAUGCAGUGGAAGGAAUCCAUGAACUGUGGGAUCAUAAUGGAAACAGAUCAGGUUAUAUUAACGGAAGCAACAUAACUAUCAGAAUCCACAACCACACUGUGCUCCCUUCUUCCCAUAAUUCUUCCUAUGUGUAUACCAAUGACUCUGCCUACACUAACAUUUCUGCAAUACUAGACAUUGUUGAAGGAAUGGUCAACAAGGGCAUCUUUCUGAAUGGAGAUAACGGUGGCACCUUUCUUCACUUUGGAAACUACCAGAACACGUGCAUUAGUGACCCUAAUUUAUGUGGUCCUGAGGGCAUUACCUUCUCCUUUUUUUGGAAAAACCACGAGUCAGCCUCCCGCUUUGCUGUCGCUUCUGGAGGAAAAGUUAUCUCCAAUGGCUUCUCAGUCUACACAAACCCUUUAGGAGGAUAUGUGGAGUUUUACACUCGUAGUAACAAGCACAGAUGGCGGGCCAACAUCGAAGUUCCAGGGCCAUACUGGACGCACAUCCUCUUUACAUGGACUAAGAAAGAUGGCCUGAAGGUCUACAUCAAUGCGACCCUGACUGCUGAGAACAAAAAUGGAAGCAUCUCAGAGGAAACCUAUGGAGACCCCUACCCUGACCUCGUCAUUGGAACUGCCAACAAUAAGGGAUAUAGUCACUAUGUAACAGGAGCCUUUGAUGAAUUCGUCAUCUGGGAAAAGGCCCUUUCACCUGAGAACAUCUCACUCUACUACAAUGCAACUAUAGCUUGGGACAUGGUUUCUAAAACAACACCCAGAAUCUCCAAGGACGUGAUCUCAACUACGCCGAUGGCCAGAGCCGCUGAUAUGAGUCCCCCUGUCAUCAGCAGUCUCCAGGAGGAGCUCCGACCCACAGACUUCUUGCCAGUGCAGAGUUUCCUGAAGACGCUGCCCAAUGGAACCAUUUCUCGUGAUACUGCGAACAACCUCACGCAGGGUUUGCUCAAAAGUGUGGAAGAAGUGCUGUCUUUUCCUGGACUGACAGAGCAGUCCACCCCUGUGGUCAGCGGUCUGGUCAAGACAGUGGACAGAGUGAUGGAACAUGUAGUGACUAACCUGGAGGACAGCCCGAACUCUCUCAUCUCCCUGGAUGGAACAUCUUUUGUUGCAGAUUACUCUCUGAUGAAACUCCCACAGAAUUUUGAGCUGUCACAUUACCGCUUCCCCACAGAAGGCAAGAGCUACAUCUCUGUGCCUGGAGAGGCGUUCGCAAUGGAGUCUCAAACCACCAUUGUUGGCCUCUUUUACCACAACAUGCACAGCUACUACAAAGAGAUCAGCCCUGUGAAGACCAGGAUUAAUGAAGCAGCUGAUUACAAGGAUCACAAAAUCCAUGUAGCAAGCUGUCUGAUUUCUUUGAAAGUGGAGCCUCUGCCAGCCCUGUCGGUCAACCUUUCUGGAGCGCCACUCAUAAAGAUUGUGCUCACCCAUGUUUUGACUAAAGAGCAACAGGACCAAGUACAGAAUCAGAGCAAUAAAGUCUUCCUGUACUGUGCCUUCUUGGACUACAGUUCUAAAGAAGGAGUGUGGUCCAACAAAGGCUGCGUGCGCGCACAUGGAAACAUGACGUACUCCGUGUGUUUGUGCAACCACCUUACCAACUUCGCCAUCCUCAUGCAAGUUGUGCCCUUAAAGAUUUCUACUGGCCACAAGGUGGCACUAUCAACCAUUGGUUACGUUGGCUGCUCUAUUUCCAUCUUCUGCCUUGCCAUCACUCUGGUCACCUUUGCAGUCUUAUCGUCAGUGAGUACCAUCCGUAACCAGCGCUACCACAUCCACGCCAACCUCUCCUUCGCCAUCCUGGUGGCAGAGAUCUUACUGCUGAUCAGCGCUCGCUUUGACCCUGGCACGCUGCCAUGUAAGGUUAUGGCUGUCCUGCUACACUUCUUCUUUCUGAGUGCUUUUGCCUGGAUGCUGGUGGAGGGCCUUCACCUGUACAGUAUGGUGAUCAAGGUGUUCGGCUCUGAAGACAGCAAACACUUCUACUACUAUGGCAUUGGCUGGGGUUCUCCGUUCUUGAUCUGUGUCGUGUCCAUGACAUCAGCACUUGACAGUUAUGGUAAAGUUGAUAACUGCUGGCUGUCACUGCAGAACGGAGCCAUCUGGGCAUUUGUGGCACCGGCUCUUUUUGUGAUUGUGGUAAACAUUGGCAUUCUGAUAUCCGUGACCAGGAUCAUAUCUCGAAUCAGCGGAGAGAAUUACAAGGUUCAUGGAGACGCCAAUGCAGUCAAGCUGACCAUAAAGGCAGUAGCUGUGCUUCUGCCUAUACUUGGCAUUUCCUGGAUCUUUGGUGUUCUCGUGGUCAACACACAGUCUUUGCCAUUCCUUUAUAUAUUUGCAGUUUUCAACUCAUUACAAGGGUUCUUUGUCUUCUUAUUUCACUGUCUUCUCAACUCUGAGGUCAGAGCUGCUUUCAAACACAAAACCAAGGUCUGGUCUCUUACCAGCAGCUCCAUCCGAAACAUUAAUGUGAAGCCCUUCAACUCUGACAUAAUGAAUGGACACAAGGAGGGUGUAACUCCCACCAAGAUGAACACAUGGGACAAGAGCACCAACUCAGCCAACCGCAUUGACCUCUCUGCCGUGUAGAACCCCACAUCACUAUUUCCGCCUGUGGUGGGAGAGCAGUCUGAAGCCCCCAGAGUGUCCUCCCACGUUAUUAUGUA